AUGACGGUGGAGUUCGAGGAGUGCAUCAAGGACUCGCCGCGCUUCAGGGCAACUAUUGACGAGGUGGAAACGGACGUGGUCGAGAUCGAGGCCAAACUGGACAAGCUGGUGAAGCUGUGCAGCGGUGUGAUCGAGGCUGGCAAGGCCUACGUCACCACCAACAGGCUCUUCGUGAGUGGCGUCCGCGACCUGUCCCAGCAGUGCCAGGGUGACACCGUCAUCUCGGAAUGUCUGCAGAGGUUCGGAGACAGCCUGCAGGAGAUGGUCACCUACCACAUGAUCCUGUUUGACCAGGCCCAGAGGUCUGUGCGGCAGCAGCUCCACAACUUCGUCAAAGAAGACGUGCGCAAGUUCAAGGAGACCAAGAAACAGUUCGACAGGGUCCGGGAGGACAUGGAGCUGUCACUGGCGAGGAACGCGCAGGCCCCGAGGCACCGGCCGCACGAGGCGGAGGAGGCCGCGGGUGCCCUGGUCCUCGCCCGGAAGUGCUUCCGCCACCUGGCGCUGGACUACGUGCUCCAGAUCAACGUUCUCCAGGCCAAGAAAAAGUUUGAGAUCUUGGAUUCUAUGCUGUCCUUCAUGCACGCCCAGUACAGCUUCUUCCAGCAGGGCUACAGCCUGCUGCACCAGCUGGACCCCUACAUGAGGAAGCUGGCGGCCGAGCUGGACCAGCUGGUGAUCGACUCGGCAGUGGAAAAGCGGGAGAUGGAGCGCAAGCACGCCGCCAUCCAGCAGCGGACGCUGCUGCAGGACUUCUCCUACGAUGAGCCCAAGGUGGAGUUUGACGUGGACGCCCCCAGCGGCGUGGUGAUGGAGGGCUACCUCUUCAAGAGGGCCAGCAAUGCCUUCAAGACGUGGAACCGGCGAUGGUUCUCCAUCCAGAACAGCCAGCUGGUCUACCAGAAAAAGCUCAAGGACGUGCUGACCGUGGUGGUGGACGACCUCCGGCUCUGUUCCGUGAAGCCCUGUGAGGACGUCGAGCGCAGGUUCUGCUUUGAGGUCGUGUCGCCCACCAAGAGCUGCAUGCUGCAGGCCGACUCGGAGAAGCUGCGGCAGGCGUGGGUUCAGGCUGUGCAAGCCAGCAUCGCGUCCGCCUACAGGGAGAGCCCCGACAGCUGCUACCGCGAGAGGCUGGACCGCAUGGCGUCCCCGUCCACAAGCAGCAUCGACUCUGCCACGGACUCUCGGGAACGCAGCGUCAAGGGCGAGAGUGUGCUGCAGCGCAUGCAGCAUGUGGCUGGGAACAGCCAGUGCGGCGACUGCGGGCGGCCGGACCCGCGCUGGGCCAGCAUCAACCUGGGCGUGCUGCUCUGCAUCGAGUGCUCGGGCAUCCACAGGAGCCUGGGCGUCCACUGUUCCAAGGUGCGGUCCCUGACCCUGGACUCGUGGGAGCCGGAGCUGCUGAAGCUGAUGUGUGAGCUGGGAAACAGCACCAUGAACCAGAUCUACGAGGCCCAGUGCGCAGGGCCGGGCAGCAGGAAGCCCACGGCCAGCAGCCCCAGGCAGGACAAGGAGGCUUGGAUCAAGGACAAGUACGUGGAAAAGAAGUUCGUGCGGAAGCCGCCCUCGGCACCGGCCCGGGAGGCCCCACGGCGCUGGCGGGCGCAGAAGUGCCAGCGCCACCACAGCUCCCCCCGCGCCCACACCACCCGCCGCAGCAAAAUCCGCACGGAGCCCAUCCCGCCCUCUGUGGCUGCUCUGUGCUCAGGCUCCUCAGGGCCCCGGUUCCGCAGGGACUCCCUCUUCUGCCCAGACGAGCUGGACUCUCUCUUCUCCUACUUCGACGCGGGGGCCGCUGCAGCCGGUCCGCGCAGUCUGAGCAGCGACAGUGGCUUAGGGGGCAGCUCCGACGGCAGCUCGGAUGUCCUGGCCUUCGGCGUGGGCUCCGCGGUGCACCGCGUCACUGAGGAGGAGGGUGCCGAGUCGGAGGAGUCCAGCGGCGAGGCGGAAGGAGAGGCGGAGGCCUGGGGCCUGGCGGACGUGCGCGAGCUGCACCCCGGGCUACUGGCGCACCGCGCGGCGCGCACUAGAGACCUCCCGGCACUGGCCGCGGCUCUGGCGCAAGGAGCCGAGGUCAACUGGGCUGACGCGGAGGACGAGGGCAAGACGCCACUGGUGCAGGCCGUGCUGGGGGUAAGUGGGCGCGCACGCGGGGCCCUUGCCCUCCGCUGAGGACCGGGCUUGGUCCUGCUGGGGCGCCCAGGCCAGGUCUGCCUGUUCUUGAAGCGGGGGGCGGACCAGCAUGCCUUGGACCACACGCAGCAGGACCCACUGAGCAUCGCGGUACAGGAGGCGAAUGCAGACAUCGUCACGCUUCUCCGUCUGGCGCGCAUGGCCGAGGAGAUGCGUGAGGCCGAGGCACCCCCCGGCCAGCCGGGACCCCUGGCUGGCAGCAGCCCCACCGAGCUCCAGUACCGCAGGUGCAUCCAGGAGUUCAUCAGCCUCCACCUGGAUGAGAGCUAG